GAUCCACUCUCAUGGACAAGGUGAGUUGGAGGUAGAAAUCUAGUGCUUUUUGGUUUAGGGAGGGUGACAAGUGUACAAAGUUUUUUCACAAAGUGGCCAACUCCAAUCAGAGGAAGAACUCUAUUGACUCCUUGUUGAUUGAUGGCACACUUUCUACCAACUGGGUGUAUAUCAGGAAUCACAUUGUCCAGUUUUGUAAAAAGCUUUUUACUGAGCAAUUUAGCUAGCGGCCUUUGUUGGACGGCCUUUCUUUUGAUUUCUAUUAGUGAGGUUGAGGAGAGGGAGGUGUUGGAAGUAGUGAAAGCGAUGAAUGGCAGCAAGCUGUUGGGCCCUGGCGGUUACUCUAUGGCGUUUUUCCAAGCUUGCUGGGAUGUGUUGAAAGAAGACAUUAUGAAGGUCCUUCGUGAUUUCCAUGCUAGAGGAUUGUACCUCCACACUGUUUCUGAGACAAAGCUUGUAGUUGAUACUUCAAGAGGGGGAACGCUUCAUAUCAAUUUUGAUGUCACCUUUCCAGCUGUUCCAUGUUCAUUACUCAGUCUUGAUGCCAUGGAUAUAAGUGGAGAGCAACACCUUGAUAUCAGACAUGAUAUAGUCAAGAAAAGAGUUGAUGCUCAUGACAAUGUAAUAGAAGCUAGGAAGGAUGGGAUUGGCGCGCCAAAGAUUGAGAAGCCCUUACAGAAACAUGGUGGCAGGCUUGAACACAAUGAAACAUAUUGUGGUUCUUGUUUUGGUGCAGAAACGUCAGAUGACGAUUGUUGUAACUCAUGUGAAGAAGUUCAUGAAGCAUAUAGGAAAAAAGGUUGGGCUCUAACAAAUAUGGAUAUGAUAGACCAGUGCAAACGAGAAGGUUUUAUCCAAAAGAUAAAGGAUGAGGAAGGUGAAGGAUGUAAUAUUCAUGGAUCGCUUGAAGUAAAUAAAGUUGCUGGAAAGUUUGAUUUUGCACUUGGGAAAAGCUUUCAGCAGUCAAAUAUUCAUGGACACGAAUUGCUGGGUUUCCAACAGGGUAGUUAUAAUAUCAGUCACAGGAUCAACAAAUUAGCUUUUGGUGACUACUUUCCUGGCUUGGUAAAUCCCCUUGAUGGGGUGCAAUGGGUACAUGAAACACCACAUGGUAUGUACCAGUAUUUCAUCAAGGUGGUCCCUACUAUAUACACCGACACUAGAGGCCGUACUGUCCAGUCAAAUCAGUAUUCUGUGACAGAGCAUUUUAGGAGUGCCGAAGCGGGUCACUUUUAUCAGUCUCUUCCUGGAGUUUUCUUCUUUUAUGACAUUUCUCCCGUUAAGGUGACUUUCAAGGAGGAGCAUGUUCCUUUUUUACACUUUUUGACCCAUAUUUGUGCAAUAAUUGGAGGUAUUUUCACAGUUGCGGGAAUAAUAGAUUCAUUCAUCUAUCACAGUCAAAAAGUGAUAAAGAAAAAAAUGUGAAGUGGCAAAUAUAGAACUGAUAUUGUUGCCAUUGUGCGCUCGUUGCUCCAAUGUUCUGGUUGGUUUUCUACAGGUGAAACUUGAGGGGUAUUAUUGAAUCAUUUUCUUAUGAGGAUUAUUAUUGUUGUAAUUAUUAAAAUCAUGUGACUUAUUUCUUUGCAGAAUGAAUUGUGUUAAAUUCUUAUUGGAUUCUAUCAAAUUUCCCACUUUUUUUUCUUUCC